AAAUAAAUUUUCACGGAGCUUAUCUAAGCGUCAGUGUUACAUCUGUUGCAUAACAGCUUGACGUCGGGCAGCGUGUGAGUCCAGCUUCCUACAACGCUCACGCUGGUAAGAAGCGUUGAAAAUAUUUGCACGUCGCUUAGCUAGAGUGGCAACAUUGGCGGUACGACGGGCUUGACGAGCGACAGCAUCGAACUGAAUACCGAAAAACUGGUKGCUGCGCGUUCAUUGAGCAAAAAUAUUUUCAUCGUGAGAAGAAAUUAUAUAAAAGACCCUACAAUCCAAUGCCAGCCCGAAAGGGGCUGCUUGCGCCCCAAAAUACCUUCUUGGAUACGAUCGCAACACGUUUCGAUGGCACACAUUCAAAUUUCGUGCUUGGCAAUGCGCAGGCAAAUGGCAAUCCAAUUGUUUAUUGUUCGGAUGGCUUCGUGGAGCUGACAAGAUAUUCGCGUGCGCAAAUAAUGCAGAAGGGAUGCUCGUGCCAUUUCCUGUACGGUCCGGAAACAAAAGACGAGCACAAACAGCAAAUUGAAAAAAGUCUGAUGAAUAAGACCGAAUUGAAAUUGGAAGUUAUUUUUUACAAAAAAGAUGGUUCGCCGUUUUGGUGUCUCUUUGACAUUGUGCCAAUUAAGAACGAAAAACGGGAUGUGGUGCUCUUUUUGGCAUCACACAAGGACAUUACACAUACAAAGAUGUUGGAGAUGAAYGUAAAUGAAGAAUGUGAUAGCGUUUUUGCCCUUACAGCUGCUUUGCUGGGCGCGCGUUUUCGUGCCGGUUCCAAUGCUGGCAURUUGGGCUUGGGCGGCCUGCCAGGUCUGGGCGGUCCGCCGACGUCGGAGUCGGAUGCUGACGGCAUGGAGGGCAAUAAUCUGGAUGUACCUGCUGGCUGUAACAUGGGACGGCGACGUAGUCGCGCGGUGCUCUAUCAACUAUCCGGCCACUACAAGCCGGAGAAGGUGAAGACGAAAUUGAAAUUAGGAAAUAAUUUAUUGCAUUCAACGGAGGCGCCUUUUCCCGAAUACAAAACGCAAUCAAUAAAAAAGUCACGCUUCAUUCUGCCGCAUUACGGUGUUUUCAAGGGUUUUUGGGACUGGAUUAUAUUGGUGUCCACCUUCUAUGUGGCCGUUUUGGUGCCAUACAAUGCGGCAUUCGCGAAAGCUGAUCGUCAAACCAUGGUGUCGGAUGUUAUUGUCGAGGCGCUGUUCAUCGCAGACAUUUUAUUGAAUUUUCGYACAACGUUCGUCUCGAGCAAAGGUGAAGUUGUCUCCGAUUCCAAGCUGAUUGCUAUUAACUAUUUGCGCGGCUGGUUUGUUGUCGAUUUGCUGGCGGCGCUGCCGUUCGAUCAUCUGUAUGCGUCGGAUCUAUAYAAUGGCGAGGAGUCGCACAUUCAUUUGGUGAAAUUGACACGCCUGUUGCGCCUGGCACGGCUACUGCAAAAAAUGGAUCGAUACUCACAGUACACCGCCAUGAUACUGACACUGCUGAUGUUGUGCUUCUCGCUGGUGGCGCAUUGGUUGGCCUGCAUCUGGUAUGUCAUUGCCGAAAAGGAGUACAUGAUGAAUGAUAGCGGCUGGGAUAUAGGUUGGAUGCACGCUUUGUCUGAGCGCUUAAAGAUACCCAUCACAAAUAUCACUAACGCUGAGGCCUAUUCGACAGCGCUGUAUUUCACCUUUACCAGCCUAACAUCGGUGGGGUUCGGCAAUGUAUCCGCGAAUACGACGGCGGAGAAAGUCUUCUCCAUUAUCAUGAUGCUAAUUGGAGCAUUAAUGCACGCCGUCGUGUUCGGUAAUGUGACGGCGAUAAUCCAGCGCAUGUAUUCCCGGCGUUCAUUGUACGAGAGCAAAUGGCGUGACUUAAAGGAUUUUAUAGCGCUGCAUCAG